AGUUGUUCCAAAGAAAACAUUAAAAAAAAAAAAACACUAAAAGGUUGGUUUUGACCUUAAUACUAUGGCUGUUGAAGAAGGGAUAGAUGAUUACACUCAAGAUGGCACUGUCGAUCUCAAAGGAAACCCAGUCCGUAGAUCCAAGAGCGGUGGAUGGACUGCUUGCUCCUUUGUCGUCGUGUAUGAAGUCUUUGAACGCAUGGCCUACUACGGUAUAUCUUCCAAUCUUGUCCUGUAUUUGACGAGGAAGCUUCAUCAAGGCACUGUCAAGUCGGCCAACAAUGUUACCAAUUGGGUUGGCACCAUUUGGAUGACCCCAAUCUUGGGUGCCUAUGUUGCUGAUGCACACCUUGGUCGCUAUUGGACCUUUGUCAUUGCGUCUUUAAUUUAUAUCUCGGGAAUGUCAUUGCUAACAUUAUCAGUGUCACUACAUGGACUAAAGCCACCACCCUGUCACCAAGCCAAUGUAGAUGAUUGCAAGAAGGCAUCAACAUUACAGUUAGCAGUAUUUUUUGGUGCACUCUAUACUUUAGCUGUAGGAACCGGCGGCACCAAGCCAAACAUUUCGACGAUCGGUGCCGAUCAAUUCGAUGAUUUUCAUCCCAAGGAGAAGGCUCAUAAGCUAUCCUUCUUCAAUUGGUGGAUGUUCAGCAUCUUCUUUGGGACACUCUUUGCCAACACAGUUCUUGUUUAUAUUCAGGACAAUGUUGGUUGGACAUUAGGCUAUGGGCUGCCCACACUUGGGCUGGUGAUUUCAGUUCUGAUUUUCCUGGCAGGCACGCCCUUCUAUAGGCACAGGGUGCCCGCAGGGAGUCCUUUCACAAGGAUGGCUAUGGUCAUAGUAGCUGCCAUAAGGAAAUGGAAGGUGCCUCUUCCUACUGACCCUAAAGAACUUUAUGAAUUUGACCCGGAAGAGUAUGGCAGGAAAGGAAAGUUUCGGAUUGAUUCAACACCAUCCCUGAGGUUCCUUAAUAAGGCUGCUGUUAAAACAGGCUCCCCGGAUCCAUGGAUGCAAUGCUCGGUAACCCAAGUAGAAGAAACUAAACAGAUGUUAAGAAUGAUCCCAAUAUUGAUUGCCACUUUUGUGCCAAGCACCAUGAUUGCUCAAAUCAGUACCUUGUUUGUAAAACAAGGCACCACCCUUGAUAGACACAUGGGUAGCUUCGAGAUCCCUCCAGCAAGUUUAGCUGGAUUUGUGACCAUUUCUAUGCUUAUUUGUGUUGUCCUCUAUGAUCGCAUCCUCGUCCCAAUUGUGAAAAAGUGGAGUAAAAAUCCUAGAGGCAUCACUCUCCUUCAAAGGAUGGGAAUUGGUCUUGUUAUCCACAUCAUAAUCAUGAUAAUUGCUUCUGUAAUUGAGAGGCACAGACUCAAUGUGGCCAGGGAACAUGGCUUAGUUGAAAAUGGAGGGCAACUUCCGCUAACCAUAUUCAUUUUACUUCCCCAAUUUGUGCUUAUGGGCACAGCUGAUGCAUUUUUAGAGGUGGCUAAGAUUGAGUUCUUCUAUGAUCAGGCACCGGAAAGCAUGAAGAGUCUUGGUACUUCAUAUUCAACUACGAGUCUGGGAAUUGGGAAUUUUCUUAGCAGCUUCCUUCUUUCAACAGUUUCUCAUAUCACUAGAAAGCAUGGUCAUCAAGGAUGGAUCUUGAAUAACCUAAACAAAUCUCAUCUUGACUACUAUUAUGCAUUUUUUGCUAUACUCAACUUCUUGAACUUCAUUUUCUUCUUGUUAGUAAUCAAGUUUUAUGUCUACAAGGCUGAAGUUUCAGAUUCAAUGCAUGUACUUACAGAAGAACUGAAGGCGGUAAGAUUAAAGGCAUCGAAUCAAGAAGAAUCAAGGGAAUAGGUUGAUGGAACAUGUUGAAUAAUAUCUGUUGUCCAUUGGAAUGUCAGAGUUGAAAUUCAACUUGUGAAAAUUGAAACAAGCUGUCAUUCAGGUUUUUGACAGAGUACUCUUCCUGGCCUGGUCUAUUGAUGGUGCAUCAUCAACCGUGGUGGUUUUGGUACUAAUUCAAUACAAUGUUCUUGAAUUUGCUUGACCCCAGUUUGGCUGUAAUUACUAGAAAGAAUACAAUGUUUAACUUCUUGAAAUGUCUGUAACAAAAGAAAAAGAAAAAAAAAUGCUAUCCUUAAUAUUUCAUUUUUACUCUGAUGAACCCCUCAUGAUCCUUAAACAAGUAAAAUGCCUAAUGUUAUAAAGAAUUAGAAGGCAAUAAAAGAAUAUUGUACAUUUGCUCGCUCUACCCCCGAAAAGAUGUUGAUAUAACAUUUUAAGUUAACCAAAUUCGAUACAAUGAGCUCCCUUUGAGAUUUUCUUCAAAUUUGAAUACGGUUACAUCAAUGAAAAUCGAUGCUAUAAUACACCCAGAUGACAAAACCUUAG